GAGCGUCGCGUCGGGGAGCUGGGCUCUGCGGCUCAGCCGCUGCGGAAUCUGCUGCUGGUCUCCAGCACAGGUGCUAAAAUUAGACUGAGGCGAAGUGGGAGAGAGCAUUCACCAGGGCAGACGUUCAGAAAAAAGCAAACUUUCCCACCUGCUAACAUUGCCUCCCCACCCCUUGGCACUAGCGGAUCCUGGUCAGUGGAUGUGGGCAAAACAUCCAUGCUGAUUGCCAACGGACACUGAGCGAGUGGGCAGAUGCCCUGAGAUUGCUGGGUAUUGAGAAGGAGCCAAUGGGGAGGUCCGGAGAAGCAGGUGGUGGGCGGGGCCUGCAUAGCCCAGACCCUCUGGUCCGGGAGGCUUUUGUGAUGUCAUAUGACUACAUCAGCUACGUGACAGCGAGGCCCGGCACUUCUGUGCCCCCUGCUCCCUCAGCCGCAGCUGCUGCCCUGCGACACGCUGGAGAUGAACUGCUCCUCAAAUUCCCCAUCUUUUUUCGCCGCUGGCCACGAGUCUUCCAGGAUGUGACGGAAACCUCUGCCUGCCCCAUGCUCAUCGCCAUCCUGGAUGAGCACUUUGCCCCCGCCCCUGGGGGGCGCCGGAGAGAGUUGGCCUGGAGUGCUAUCUUGUCAGUGUAUGUGCUGGCUGGACAGAUGGCAUUGCACUGCCAGGAGAAGGGCAUGCUGGGAACUCUUCCCGAGCUUCAGGAGUGUGUAGGGAUGUAUGUGGAGAGAUUGAUCUGCCCAGAGAUCCGGGACAAGGGUGGAUGGUCUGGAUUUGUGUCUCGCUUUGGUAAGAAGCAGGACCUAGAAAGCCACGUGAAGAAAGUGUGCAGCUGGACUCUACUCGUACUGACCAUGAGCAUCAUCUCAUAUUUCUUGUGGAAAAGGAGGGUGCAGUAAAUCACAGCACCAUCCGGUGACGAGGAUGAUUCAUCCUGAAGAAUGUCCCGAAGAAAGUCUUUUCGCUCCCUAACAUUCUUAUCGGUAUCAAACCAAUACUGGCAAGUUGCAACAAGAAUGACUACAAACCGAUACCUAACCACCCACAAGAGGGCGAUAGUAUCCCAUCUACCAUUUUUUACUUUGUGCUUGACAAUUCGAGUUGCCAGGUCAGAAAAAAAAUGUAUAGCCAGUUAGCCACAAUACUUCCUAUAAACUGCACAGCAUGGCCUGAAACCAGUGAUUGUGGAACAAGGUGUUGGGGGAAAUUCCUCUAUUGAUCAUUUUUAUCUCACACACGUGCCCUUUAUGUCGCAAAUAGCACAUUUUUGUGCACCAUUUCACUGCAUGUCAUUUUGAAUUUUUCUGGUUUAAAAAUGUAUCUUGUGAACAUCGUCUAUUUUUGCAGCAACCCCCCCUCCCCCCAAUAAUGCUACACCAGAUUUCACAAUCCCGUUUCUUAAGGAGCAGAAUUUAGCAUGAAAACUUCAAUUCUGGAAACUCUGCUGACAAUAAAUGAUAAAGCACUUACAUGGCUUCA